AUGAAGCUAGAGGUGCAUAGUGUUAUUGGUUCGAAUUGGUAUCGGCGACCAUGGAAACGUCCGCUGGUAGGACCUACGGGAUCUCCUCUUCUAGAUGCGACUCUUGUCGUGCAAACCAGAGCCUGUCGAUGGUUUCGCAAAAAUAAGUCUGUCAACGGUAUAAAACGAGUUACUUUCCGAGAUGAAGCAAUAAUAUCUAUGUCGGUGGCUGGGGAGGUAACCGACACUUCAAUUAUGGAAGUAGGCCGUUCAAGACCUCAAUUCCAAUAUUCCCGGGAGGAAUUAAUGGUGAUAAAGAAUUUGCCAUUAUCCAAGCGGAGGCCUGAUUUUUUAGAUACUUCCUAUAAUAAUUCGCGUGGUGUAUGGGAUCCUGAACGUUGGCAUUCGGGUAGGAAACAGAACGAUACACCCCCGAAGGACGAAAGGACUGGACGUGGUGAUCAGGUUACUGAAAGUCAUAGUAAACGUCGAAACGGAGAUCCGCGAGAACGAAUUCGCAAGGAACAAGACGGCAUAGUUCUGAGCCCCCAGCGUAGGAGCUUUAAUUCCGGUUGUUUUGUGAACCAGCCGUCGAAUCGACGACCUGAGAGCCCAAUAGGAAAGACAGAGGUCAGCCAUAGGGAGCCUGUCCGACGAAUUGGAAGCGGUCGAAUUUUAACUCGCGAUAUAUGGGACUUUAGACCAGAGAACGAGAAAUUGGAACCUGCUUUUCGGUCUGGUUCGAGUAGUGGCACUUCUAUACGCGAUCGUGACAACAGGGAUGGCCGCGAUGGAAAGGAACGGGGCGAUAAUUUGCGUGAACGGGAUGAGAGGAACGAACGGUUUGAGAGAAGAUCCUUUGGCCGCGACUAUGGCGACAGGGAGAGGGAACGCGAUCGCGAUAGAGCAGCUGAGCGAAAUGAUCGUAAUCAUCAGUCUGAACGCGAUAAGGAUCGUGGGCGGGAACGAAGAUAUAGUAAUGAUCGCAGAAGAACUUACAGCGAGAAUCGUAACGAUGCGGAUGAGCCAGAGUGGUUUAGUUCCGGACCAACGUCCCAGCAUGAUACCAUCGAGCUGAGAGGUUUUGAGGAUAUCCCUGAGGAAAAGGCGGUGAACAGUAACAGUAGCAAUACAAAGAGUAAAAAACAAACUCCGGUUCAGAAGAAACGAGGAAAGAAAAAUUCGUUGGAGAAGGAUGAAAAGCAAGCUGAAAAUUCAACGGGUCCAAAAGGGCGUAGUACGCCGACUACGAUGGAUCAGUCUAUGAACGUUGUGGCUGCGCCACAUUCCCCAAUUUCAGAGCAUAACGAGUCAACGUCCCUUGUGCAGAAAACGAAUCAUAAUUCGAACGAGAGCACUGUGACCGAACCAAGUUGCGAGAUAACGAAUAAUUCCAGUACAGUGAAUCAGAACCAAGAGGACAGCCAUCCUGACUUCAAUCUCGAUGAAUUCUUGAAAUCAGAUACGUUCUCUGGUGUUUCUGGCCUUUUAACCAAUGGAGUCGGCUCGAACGGAGGCUCUUGCUCCCGGUUCAGUCAGUGGUUUAAAAGGGAAAGUCCGGUUCAACAAGUGGAUAGCCGCAGAACUUCUAUACAGGAUGACAUAUUGAAUAAUCUUCUGAACGACAUCACUGAGCCAAAUAUUCAGAUUCCAUCGGUGACAGAGUCUAAUACGUACUUCGCUCCUAUUUCUCCUGCUAAUACGACGACUACGAAUAAUACUACGUCCACCACUGGGGUAAAGCUACUAGAGAUGCUGCAACGUGGAAAUAAACCGAGUCAAAAUGGACAAGGGGAUGCAACCAGCAGCGUUAUACCGAUGAUGAAAAGCUCAUCCAUAAAAGAUAUGGAAGUUGGUGGAAAAGUUGUGCAUAGUCUCGAAGAAUUAGAAGCACGCAUGCGAGGUGGUGCUCCUCCACCUACAUCAUCGACUGAUCAACCUCGUGUAAAUAAGACUGAAGAAGAUCUCUCUGCUUUUAAGAAAUUGCUUGCUCAAGUGACUGGAGGACAAGCUAUACCAGCAGCAAACGGUCCUAUUUCUCAAAAACAACCCGUAACAUUAAUACAAUUGCUUAAUUCACAACUGAAGACACAACCAAUUGCCCCUCAGCAAUCUGUUCAAGAACCAAUGCAUGCUACAACGUUUAAUCAUGUUGGUUCUCUUGGGCCAACUCAACACCCACAUCAGGCACAAAUGCAGCAUGAAAAUUUGAUGAAAGUUUUGCAGAUCCAGCAGCAGCAACAGAAACAACAGCAACAGCAUUCUGACAUGUUGUCUAUGAUGAUGGGUGGUCAACGAAUGUUUGGCAUAAGUCCUGUUCCUCCAGAAAUGCAAAUGAUGUUGAAUAAUGCUCCUGCAAGUAAGGAACUUCUCCAAAGACCGGAAGCUCAAGCUAUUAUUCAAGGUCUUCAGCAGGGAGAAAUAACUAGACAACAUCUUAUGCAACAACUACAGAAUCCUGCCAUGCAACAUCGUCAUAGAGAAGUUCUAGUAAAUAUUUUGAAGAUGUAUGGUGGCACCACAUCGCGUACAAUAAGUCCGCAUCCUAGUGCGCCCACUCCACAAGAUCAUAUCUUGCAACAGAUGUUGUAUCAGCAGCAGCAACAAAGAAUUCCAUCACCUAUGAACAAUGCUUAUUGUCCACCUUCAACAAUAUCUUCAAAUUUGACUGCUAGUCCCAGUACUUUAACAGUACAGCAUCCAGUGAUGCAGCAUAGAGUUCCUUCACCACGGGAGAUUGUUAUGCAUGCUCAGUCUGCAAUCCAAAGUGCUUUAAUUAAGAAAACGUUGGAGGAACAACGUGAAAACUUCCGUAAGCGACAGGACCAACAGCAACAACAACAGCAGCAACAACAACAACAAGCUCAACAAAGAGCAUCGAGCCCUGUUAACUCACCGGCGAAGCAGACCAUGAGCCCAACGCCUCUUGCUUUUACACCGACAUCAGUGUUGCGUAAAAUGACUGCCGAUAAGGAACCUGAGGGCAAUAGUAAUGAUCCAUCGAAGUUGGCAGCUCAAUCUCAGGCGCCGCAAAUGCCACAAAUGCAAUCUACAGUUCAAUUACUGUCCCAAGGAGUUUUUUCGCGGCAUAAUACGUUACGACCACAAUCUGUUCAGUCUACGUGGCCGAAUCCAACUAUUAAACAACACCCGGGUCGACCGAUAGUUAAAGGUGGUGGUGGUGGUAACGGUGGUAACCAAUUCCAACACGGUGGAAACACGGAUUACCAACAACAACAGCAGCAACAACAACAACAACAACAACAACAUAGAUCGGUUACGGGCGUGUACGGUAAUCCUGCACGUUCCAAACAUACCAUGACUAGUUCAAUACCACAUCACAAUGUUCCACAAUACAAUGUUGCUCAGAACUCAAUGAUUAAUCAGAGGUCAAAUGUUAUGAAUAAUCAAAUGAAAGUACAGCAGGCUCCAUCGCACCUGGCCAAUAUGCAACACCAACCACCGCAACAACAGCAACAACAACGGUCUCUUAAUUCACAGAUUCAAAUGGUCUUAAAUCAAAAUUACAACUCCAGUCGCGCAGAUGGGCGAGUAAUGCGAUCGCAACAGUUGAACAUACCCGUAGGUCGUCAAACAUCUCCAGGUUUAGGAUAUGUGGGUAGCAAUGGCGGAGAUCUUUCACCAACCUCGAAUCAAUUGGCACGAUGGUUUAGUCCGGAACUGCUUGCUCAAGCUCGGGCUGGUAAGCUACCAGAGCUUGUCCAGACAAAUGUGUUAUCGUUGGAAGAAUUAGAAAGACUUCAACAUGCAUCGACUACAGUGCAUAAUUAG